AUGUUUGCAUUCAUUUUGCUUACAUGUAUCUUCUUAUGUUUACUGGGUCUUUAUCUAGUCCAUAUUCGACGAAGUUACUCAUUUUUCAAACAGUUUGGCAUCAAUGGACCACCGCCAAUGUUUAUACUUGGCAAUUUUCUUGAUUUUGUUCGUACAAAACGAAUAUCAGUAUGCAUUCAAAAUUGGACAGCUCAAUAUGGUAAUAUAUACGGUUAUUUUGAAGGUCAUACACCAAUACUUGUAGUAUCUGAUCCAGAUAUUUUACAUGAAAUAUUUAUCAAGCAUUUUUCAAAAUUUCAUUCACGUCGUCAAUUUCCAUUAGAAGAUCGUCGUAUGCACAAAGGUGUUCAUUUAUUUAGUGCAACCGGUAAUCAAUGGCGACGUCAACGAGCUAUUAUCAAUCCAUCAUUUUCAAUACUUAAAAUGAAACGAAUGUUACCGAUAAUAGACGAUUCCAUGGCAACGUUAAUAAUGAAAAUAGAAGGAUGUAUAAAGACAUCAUCUGAAGGCUUUGAUAUUUAUAAACUAUAUAAGAGUCUUACAAUGGAUCUCAUUUGGCGAUGCUGUUUUGGUAUGAAAACUAACAUGCAAAAUAAUCCAAAUGAUCCAUAUUUAAAAAGAUCUCAAGAAGUAUUUGCUAGAGAAAAUAGCGCAUACCUAGCAACACUGCUAGCUAUAUUUGUACCGGAAUUACAACCGACUUGGCUUGCAUGUCAUUGUUGGUUAAACUAUAUCAAAGCUAACUUACGUCGUUUAUUGCCAAUGGGCGAAAGAUUAAUUGAAGAUGAUCCGAAUGAAUGGCUCAAAGAUAAUGUCGAGUGUUUUAUUAGACAAGCAUAUCUAUCUCAUAAUCAUAAUCAUAAUAUUAAUGAUUGUAAUGGUAAUAUUACUAAAUCAACGGAUUUAAUCCAUUUAAUGCUUGACGCAACAGAAAAGAAUUCGACUGUUACGGAUCAGGAUGAUAGUAAUGAAAGAGUGUUAUCAUUAAAUGAAGUCAAACAAAAUAUUUAUUUAUUUAUGGUUGCUGGCUAUGAAACAGUGAGUACAGCUCUAGCUUACGUUACUCAUAUGUUGGCUACACAUGUAGGCGAGCAAAAAAAAAUGCAAAAUCAUAUUGAUUCAUUUUUAAAAGUUUAUGGCAUUCUUGAUCAUGAAAUUAUCAACAAAAUGGAAUAUCUUGAUUGGUUUAUUCGAGAAACUUUACGAAUGUAUCCAAUAACCCCUAUUAUUAUUAAUCGGGAAUGUGCAGAACAAAUCGAUUUGCCUGGUAUCGGUCGUAUUUCGCCAGGCACUAAGAUUACACUUGAUAUGUAUAGUUUACAUUAUAAUAAUGAUUUGUGGGGACCAGUGGAUACGAAACAAUUUUAUCCAGAAAGAUUUGCAACUAAACGUCAUCCUAUGGCAUGGGUAGCAUUUGGCGCUGGUCCUCGCAAUUGUAUAGGCAUGCAAUUUGCUCUUACAGAAAUAAAAAUUGCAAUAAUACGUCUUUUACAAAACUAUACUGUAUUACCAGCAAUAAUGAAUGAUAAUGAUUUGGAUCUAGUUGAACUAGUAACAAUUUCACCAAAACAAGUGCGUGUGAGAUUAGAACAACGAGCAGAUAAAUGA